AUGGCAAAGCUUAUUCUCCUCACAGGUUUGGUUCUUCUGCUGAAUGCUCAGCUUGGUUCUGCCUACCAGCUGACAUGCUACUUCACCAACUGGGCCCAGUAUCGGCCUGGUUUGGGGCGCUUCAAGCCUGAUGACAUUGACCCCUGUCUCUGUACUCAUUUGAUCUACGCCUUUGCUGGAAUGAGGAACAAUGAGAUCACCACCAUCGAGUGGAAUGAUGUCACCCUUUACCAAUCUUUCAAUGGCCUGAAAAACAAGAACAGCGAGCUGAAAACUCUACUGGCCAUUGGAGGCUGGAACUUCGGAACUGCCCCCUUCACCACUAUGGUUUCCACUCCUGAGAACCGCCAGACCUUCAUUGCUUCAGUCAUCAAAUUCCUGCGCCAGUAUGAGUUCGAUGGGCUGGACUUUGAUUGGGAGUAUCCUGGCUCUCGUGGGAGCCCUCCACAGGACAAGCAUCUCUUCACAGUCCUGGUGCAGGAAAUGCGUGAAGCUUUUGAGCAGGAAGCUAAGCAAGUCAACAAGCCCAGGCUGAUGGUGACUGCUGCUGUAGCUGCUGGCAUCUCUAACAUUGAGUCUGGUUAUGAAAUACCUCAGCUGUCCCAAUAUCUGGACUUCAUCCAUGUCAUGACCUAUGACCUUCAUGGUUCCUGGGAGGGAUACACUGGUGAGAACAGCCCUCUCUACAAAUACCCAACCGAUACUGGCAGCAAUGCCUACCUCAAUGUGGAAUAUGCCAUGAACUACUGGAAGAACAAUGGUGCCCCUGCUGAGAAGCUCAUUGUUGGAUUCCCAACCUAUGGACACAACUUCAUUCUGAGCAACCCUUCCAAUACUGGCAUUGGUGCCCCCACCUCUGGAGCUGGUGCUCCUGGGCCUUACACCAGGCAGGAUGGGUUUUGGGCCUAUUAUGAGAUCUGCACCUUCCUGGGAAAAGGAGCUACAGAGGCAUGGGACGCCCCUCAAGAUGUGCCCUAUGCCUAUCAGGGUAAUGAGUGGGUUGGCUAUGACAAUGUCAAGAGUUUCAAUAUCAAGGCUCAGUGGCUCAAGCAGAACAAUUUUGGAGGGGCCAUGGUCUGGGCCAUCGAUCUGGAUGAUUUCACCGGAAGUUUCUGCAACCAGGGCAAAUUCCCCUUAAUCUCUACCCUGAAGAAUGCCCUUGGCCUGCGGAGUGCAAGUUGUAGUGCCCCUGACCAGCCCAUUGAACCCAUAACACCUCCUCCUAGCAGUGGUAGUGGAAGUGGAAGUGGAAGUGGGAGUGGAACUGGAAGCUCUGGAAGCAGUUCUGGAGGAAGUGGAUUCUGUGCUGGCAAAGCCAAUGGCCUCUAUCCUGUUGCAAAUAACAGAAAUGCCUUUUGGCACUGCCUGAAUGGAAUUACCUAUCAGCAGAACUGUCAGGCUGGACUUGUCUUUGAUCCCAGCUGUGAGUGCUGCAACUGGCCUUAA